AUGCUUGAGUACACCACUCGAAGGAUAGUAAUAUUGAACUCAUAUGCUUUGGGAAUCCUCUACAGGCUCUGCCAACUGCUGAUCAUCCUCUAUUUCAUCAUAUACGUGUUCAUAGUAGAGGAGCGGUAUAAAUAGAACCAUUGUGUACCCCAUAAAUCUGUCUACGAGGAUCAUUGGUAGCCAAGUGCUUCAGGAUUCUAAUGGAGAUACCCUCUAUGUGGACGCACAGGACAUUACUUCUGUUGAUCAAGCACAAACUAACAGCUUCAACUUUGGAAUCAACAUCACACAGGAAUGGCAAGCUAGAUCCAAUUGAGCCACUGGAGUAGAAUGCACAGUUGAUGAUGACUGUAGUGGCUUUCUCAACGGAGCUUGACAUAAUGGUAACUGUACAAGCUUCCAAUGGUGAACAAGAAGUUCAAGAAGCUACACAAUUGACCUCUUUCAAAACUUUCUAUUAGAAAUAAGGGGUGUUGUCUGCGAAACCCUUGAUGAGGGUGAACAAACUGAAUGCCAUUCCUCCUUCAAUUACAACAUUACCAGCGAUACUGACAUCUUAGGUAGCAGGUAUGGCUCUGAUGUAAUCUCAGUUCGAGAUAUCAUCAAUAACCUCCCUAAUGCACGUCGUGGGGAAGACUUCAUGCUAGAUGAAAGCCAAAUCAUUUAUAUUUCAUAUAUUUGGGACUGUGAAACUGUAGAUGAAGGAUGAGACAGUGAAAUGAAGAUCUAUACUGUCCCAAAAGUCACUUAUUCUAACGAGACAUAUCUUAACCAGGGAUAUCAGUACUUAAGAAAUGUUAGUGCAGGCCCAGAACCUUCAGGAAGAUCUAUUGAUAUCCACCAAUAUCCCUUGAUAAGAAUGAAAUCCACAGUCGCAGGAUUAAGAUUUGUAAUCCAAGGCUGGAACACUCAUGAUGAGACUCUUUAUGCUUUGAUUGCGUAUUAUGUCGGGUUGUGCUUUAUCUUAUUAGCUUCUAUACAUCACUUAUUCGAUCUAUUUAUUUUGUGGCUUCAUCCUAACAAAGAAAAUAUCAUCCAGGCUAAGUUUAAUAAUUAAUCUUCAAUAUGAAAUCUUGA